GCUUGGAGUUUUUGAGAUGUCACAAUCAGGACUCCAGGCAGUUUCAAAUGCCAGUGAAAUAUUUCUCAGUGAACAACACGACGAUUCAGAUUUUUUAGCUGGGGUAGCUAUCGCUGUAAUAAUGGAUGGUUCAAGAACUUUCUUGAUUGAAAUUCAGGCACUUUGCCUUUCAGAUUGCCCAGUACCAGCUUCAGCUUCAGGGCUAUUUACUGGGAUCCAAGCAAAUAGAGCUAAUUUGAUCAAAUGUGUUCUUAUAAAGCAAGCCGGUCUUCAUCUCCAAGAAAAUGCUGUGUUUUUGAAUGUUGUUAGUGGAUUGACCAUGACUGAGACAGCUGGAGAUCUUGCAAUAGCAGCUGCAAUUUGCAGCAGUUUCUUGGAGUUCCCUAUUCCAAAAGGCAUUGCAUUCAUUGGUGAAAUUGGCCUUGGUGGAGAGCUUCGCAUGGUUCCUAGAAUUGAGAAAAGGGUGUAUACAGUGGCGAAGUUGGGUUACAGAAUUUGUAUAGUACCGAAGCAAGCUGAAAAAGUUUUAGAAACUGAAGGUCUAGAAAAGAUGAGAGUUGUAGGUUGCAAUAAUCUGAAAGAGGUUAUUAACACUGUAUUCACAAGAGAUAACUAAAAGAAAAGAUGCUGCUACUGUUGUGCAGAUCUUUCUUUAUAUUUAUCUUUACUUUCUAAGAUGUAAAAUUUGACUAUCAAAAGUUUAUA